CUCCGGCCGGUGGGGCCGACGAGUCCCGAGGGGCUGCCGCGGGAGGUCAUCCGUGGGGACCGUGGCCAUGGCAUCCACGUCAGAGCCUGUUACAUUCAGGGAGUUCUGCCCUUUGCACUAUCUCCUCAACGCCAUCCCCACAAAGAUCCAGAAGGGUUUCCGCUCUGUGGCGGUCUACCUGACAGCCCUGGACACCAGUGGGGACUACAUUGCCGUGGGCAGCAGCACCGGUAUGCUCUACCUGUACUGCCGGCACCUCCACCGGAUGAGGAAGUACAACUUCGAGGGAAAAACGGAAUCCAUCACGGUGGUCAAGCUGCUGAGCUGCUUCGAUGACCUGGUGGCUGCAGGCACAGCCUCUGGGAGGGUCGCGGUUUUCCAACUUGUGUCUUCAUUGCCCGGGAGAAAUAAGCAGCUUCGGAGAUUUGAUGUCACUGGUAUUCACAAAAAUAGCAUCACAGCUCUGGCUUGGAGCCCCAAUGGGAUGAAAUUGUUCUCUGGAGAUGACAAAGGGAAAAUUGUCUAUUCUUCUCUGGAUCUAGACCAGGGCGUCUGUAACUCCCAGCUGGUGCUGGAGGAGCCGGCUUCCAUCGUGCAGCUGGACUACAGCCAGAAAGUGCUGCUCGUGUCCACGUUACAGAGAAGCCUGCUCUUCUACACCGAAGAGCAGUCUGUCCAGCAAAUCGGAACACAGCCAAGGAAAAGCACUGGAAAAUUUGGUGCUUGUUUUAUACCAGGACUUUGUAAGCAAAGCGAUCUAACCUUGUACGCAUCACGGCCGGGGCUCCGGCUGUGGAAGGCUGACAUCCAUGGGACUGUUCAAGCCACGUUUAUCUUAAAGGAUGUCUUUGCUGGAGGAGUCAAGCCUUUCGAACUGUAUCCGCGUCUGGAAUCCUGCGACAGGGCAAGUGGCAGCUUACCUGAGAAGCACCUGGGGCUCGUUUCAUGUUUCUUCCAGGAAGGCUGGGUGCUGAGUUGGAAUGAAUAUAGUAUUUACCUUCUAGACACCAUCAACCAGGCCACAGUUGCUGGUUUGGAAGGAUCAGGUGAUAUUGUGUCUGUUUCCUGCACAGAAAAUGAAAUAUUUCUCUUGAAGGGAGAUAGGAACAUUAUAAGAAUUUCGAGCAGGCCGGAAGGACUAGCAUCCAUAGUGCGAGACAGUCUGGAGACGCCAGGAUGCCCAGAGCAGGUCCCCGUGCAGCAUGCAGAGAGGCCCCUGGGGGCCGCGGUCUCCGAGACGAGGCACAGAGGCGCCUCUGUGGCCAGCUCUGUGGCCAGCGAGCCAAGGAGCAGGAGCAGCUCGCUCAACUCCACUGACAGCGGCUCGGGGCCCCAGGCAACCCUGGAGCUGGGCAAGAGCAGCCAGCCUGCCUCGCAGAGGUUCAGUGUCAUUAGCUCGGAAGACUUUGACCAGGAGCUUGUGGUGAAGCCUCUCAAAGUGAAGAAGAAGAAGAGGAAGAAGAAGGCAGAAGGUGGAAACAGGAAUGCCUGGCACAGUUCCCUUGAAUCGACUCCCUGCUGUGAGUUUCCUGGUAACAGUCCUCAGUCCUUGAACACAGACCUGCUGUCCAUGACCUCAAGUUUGGGCAGCAUCGUGGAUCAAUUGAGCACGGAGUCUCCUGACUGGGAGAGCAACCUCAGUAGUGAGGUGAAUGGUGUCCUGCAGGAAAACAAUGACUCGGAAGCAUUUAGUAUCCUGGAGGUGCCUGAGCCCGCCCCUGACUUUGUAAAUGAAAAAGACGACAAUAGCACAGAAACCCCACCAUGGAACCAGGCAGGCAAGAUGGAGCUGCACAGUGGGGUGCCGGGUUCACUCCUGCAACCCAGGGGAGAGGUGGAAAGUGGGGAUGUGCAGGGGGAGCCUUGUCCUGUAGACCUUGGACUCAGUAACAGACAGUCACCUUGCCACGAACAGGACAGCUCUCCUGAGGCCCAGGAGUUGGGGGGCUUGGAGCCUGAGGACCCCCAGAGCACAUUGUCUGAGGCCCCUCUCCUGGACUUGCCCCCAGUGCCUUCCCGCCUCAGCCGGGCCCCCAGUGUCGAGGGGUGGCUGCUGGAGACCAGAGCUGACAAAGGCGCCACCGAGGAGACCAGCAAAGAGCAGGUCUUCCUAGCACAAAUGGAGGCUCCCAGCUACCUCCUCUCGAAUCCCUGGCACUCUGUCACUGAUGACACAGGCCAGAAAGCAGUGGGGACUUCCAAAUGUGACUUGAGUGUGGGCGGACGGCUGACUCCUCCAUGCUCUGCCUUGGCGGACAGCGCCCAUGAGCCUCGCCUCAAGCAUUCCUCACAGGACCAGGUGUUGACAUCCAGUGACGAGGAGGACAUCUACGCCCACGGGCUGCCCUCUUCAUCCUCGGAGACGAGUGUGGCAGAGCUCGGAAGCAGUUGCUCCCUGCUGGACUCCAGUCAGCCAGCCACAGAUGACAUUGGGCUGCUGAAGUCAGAUCAGUUUGCAGAAAGCUGGAUGGGCUACUCUGGCCCUGGCUACGGCAUUCUCAGCCUGGGGGUCUCCGAGAAGUACAUCUGGUGCCUGGACUACAAAGGCGGCCUGUUCUGCAGUGCUUUGCCGGGCGCUGGGCUGCGCUGGCAGAAGUUUGAAGAUGGCGUCCAGCAGGUGGCAGUCUCACCCUCAGGAGCCCUUCUCUGGAAGAUUGAACAGAAGUCUAACCGAGCUUUUGCUUGUGGCAAAGUGACCAUCAAGGGCAAGCGGCACUGGUACGAGGCACUGCCCCAGGCUGUGUUUGUGGCGCUGAGCGAGGACACCGCCUGGGUCAUCAGGACAAAUGGGGACUUGUACCUGCAGACAGGUCUCAGCGUGGAUCGCCCCUGUGCCAGAGCCAUAAAGGUCGACUGCCCAUACCCACUGUCCCAGGUGACAGCCCGAAACUGUGUGGUGUGGGCGCUGACAGAACAGAGAGCCCUCCUGUACCGCGAGGGCGUGAGCAGCCUCUGUCCCGAAGGGGAGCAGUGGAAGUGUGACAUUGUCAGUGAAAGACAAGCUCUGGAACCUGUCUGCAUAACCCUCGGGGACCAGCAGACUCUGUGGGCCCUGGACAUCCAUGGAAACCUGUGGUUCAGAACGGGCGUCGUCUCCAACAAGCCCCAAGGAGAUGACGACCACUGGUGGCAAGUGAGCAUCACAGACUACGUGGUGUUCGACCAGUGCAGCUUAUUCCAGACCAUAAUGCAUGCCACGCACUCAGUGGCUACAGCAGCACAAGUGCCCGUGGAAAAGGUGGCAGAUAAACUGCGCAUGGCAUUUUGGUCUCAGCAACUUCAGUGCCAGCCAAGCCUUCUGGGGGUCAACAACAGUGGCGUUUGGAUCUCCUCGGGCAAGAACGAACUCCACGUCGCCAAGGGAAAUCUCAUCGGCACUUACUGGAGCAAUGUUGUUCCCCGGGGGACAGCUUCUGCCACAAAAUGGGCCUUUGUGUUGGCCUCCACUGCCCCCUCAAGGGAAGGAAGCUCCUUGUGGCUGUGCCAGGGCAGCAAAGACCUGUACAGCGUCGGCGCCCAGCACGCCCAGUCCCGCCUGUCCACAGUGCAGCUGCCUCCCGACACCGAGAUGAGGGCCUACGCCGCCUGCCAAGACGCUCUGUGGGCGCUGGACAGCCUGGGCCAGGUGUUCAUCAGGACGCUUUCCCAGAGCUGCCCCACCGGCAUGCACUGGACGCGGCUGGACCUUUCCCAGCUAGGAGCUAUAAAACUGACGAGCUUGGCAUGUGGAAAUCAGCACGUGUGGGCUUGUGAUUCCCGGGGAGGCGUGUACUUCCGUGUGGGAACCCAGCCUCUGAACCCCAGUCUGAUGCUUCCGGCCUGGAUAAUGAUUGAGCCACCUGUCCAGCCUGCCGGGGUCACCUUGGUCAGCGUGCACUCGAACCCCAAUGACCAGAUGCUGUGGGCCCUCGACAGCAGGUGCAACGUGCACGUGCGCGUGGGAAUCACCGAGGAGAUGCCAGUGGGCACCGACUGGGACCACGUGCCAGGCUUGCAGGCCUGCCAGCUGGCGCUCAGCGCCCGGACCGUGUGGGCCCGCUGCCCCAACGGCGACCUGGCCCGGCGGUACGGCGUCAGCGACAAGAACCCCGCGGGAGACUACUGGAAGAGGGUCCCGGGCAGCGCCAUGUGCCUCACAGUGACCUCGUCAGAUGAGCUGUGGGCAGUGGGCCCCCCCGGCUACCUCCUCCAGCGGCUGACAAGGACUUUCAGCCACUCGCACGGCGCCCAGAGCAGCCAGGCCGCGCCCCCGCACCCCGAGGACCUGGAGGACGAGUGGGAGGUCAUCUGAAGGAGCCCGCGGUCGCUCGGGAGGGGGAAGCUGCGGCGUGCGGUGGACAGUCGGUGUCGGAAUCGCUCCCUCUUGGACACGCCUCAUCAGCUCUUGUGCAGACAGGUCUGGUCACGUUGACCGCCCCACACUUGCUUUCACCCGUGUUUGUUUCUGUCUUGUUCCAGAACCCACAGCCUCGGCCGAGUGACCGGAGCCGUUGCUAGAGCAGCAGCGCCUCUGACCCCUGUGCGGUCGUCUCCGUGUAGGGCGGUGCUGCUGCCAGGUCACGCACUGUUACCAUGUGCUGCGUCACGUUCUCACCACCGUGCGCCCACUGCGGGGACGGUGCGGGGGCCCCCCGUGGGCAGGACGAGGCAGAGCCAGGUCAGGGGACACACCUGUGAGCCACCGCAGGCCGCCACGUUAGUGCCCAAGGUCAGUGCUCUCCAGCCACUGAAUGUUCCCACGGUGGCUUCGCCUCCAUCCCAGGGUCCCAUCGCCUCUCGGAGGGACACAGGUUCCAGCACACAUUCCACACCAGACGUCCAGACGGGACCCACGCCGUGAUUGAGAGUGGGUGCUGGGCCGUGCCAGGGUGGAGAACAUGCCCAGACAUGCCACAGCACCCAGGCCGGGGCACGCUGCUGCCUGGAGAGAGCCUGUCAGCCUCAACACUGAAGGCCAGUGCAUGACACGGAGGCCGCGCACGCGCCCCAGGCAGGUGGCGCAGGGCGUCCGACGGGAGCGUGGUGUGUUGGCCGUUGGGGAGGUGUCUUCGGAGCGGUGUCUAGCCCAUGCUGCUGGUGCACGUUGUGAGGCCAGAGCAUCCUCAGAGGACGGAUCUCCUAAUUAUUGCCUUGUUUUGUUUGUUGUGUUACAAACCUGCAUAAGAUACCUCAUUUGAAAUCAAAUGUUACAAAUUUGGGAGAGAAAUGUAUUUCCUGAAACCAGGGGAAGGCCUUUCAUUCCUUCCCACGGUCUAUCCCAGGCUUGCGUGUCCUCAGCUGCAGCUUCCGACAGGGUGGCUGUCACCCCUGUGUGCGGGGCAGUCCUGGGGCCUGCCAGCGGGCAUUUGGGUUGGUCCCCAGAAGGUCGAAGCCGUGCCUGCUGUGGUCAGUUGCUAUGACCACAUCAGCCAGUCCCUGGGGUCAGCCUGUGGCCCAAUCACCUCGCUGGCAUCAGAGCCGGAGGGCUCGCAGCCCUCCCUCCCGGACGCUGCCCCGUAGGACGGACGCUGCCUCACAGCAGUGUUAGCCUCCUUCGGCCCAGGGCCCAGGACUCGGGCCUGUUUUCUACUAGGUGAGUGUACCAGGCCCCCGGCCACAGGCGGAGAGCGGUCCCUGUCCUCUGACAGGGCCACCAGCUGUGCAGGGGGCAGGAUGCUGAUCCCAGGUCUUACUCCACACUUCCUUUUUAUGGCACCCUUCUCUUAAAGUUGGGUGCCAGCGACUCCUCAACUUCAAAAGCCGUGCCCUGCCCACCUCCUCGGACAGCAGAGCCUCCCCGACCCUCAGACGUCACUGCGGUUACACCCAAGCCUCACUCCGUCGUCUCAGCCGCUCCACUCCAGUGAGUGCCGGUGCGCUGUCCUCCGGCCUCAUGCUCCGUGUGCUUUGAGGCAGUGCAAUAAACGAGACUUUUCCCAAGCCUGGUUGAGUCUGACGUGUGACCCGUGACAAGGGGCCCUCCGUGGGAGACCCUGCCCACCAGCCCCACUGCCUGGAGAGUUUGGGGGGACAUGAUUUCGUGAC